AUGGGAGGCGGGACAGGUCGGCCGGGCAGGCAGCACACAGUGGGGGCAGGAUGUGGGGCGCUGCAGGGGUGGCCACGGCCCGGAAGCGCGCCUCGCUGGCCCGGGCGGAGCCUCGUUAUCUGGCGGGCCGCGGGCCGCGGGCCGCGGGUCCAGACGGCGGCCGGAGGAACGGCAACGCGGUGCGGGGGAGGACCGACACGUCCGCCAGAGGUCACCCGUCCGCCGGCGCCCAAGAAUUGGCCAUAUGGAUACAAGUGCAGCCGAUACACCGAUUUCUUCCGUUCGGCAACAGUUGUGAUAAGUUUGGAAAAGCGAAUAACCGAUGUACGUGCUGAAGUCCGCUUCGAGUCAAGAUACAUGACAACGGCCUCAAAGCUGCUCAAACAUCGCCUCUCCGGUAUAUUGGUACAUCUAUGGUGGUAAUCAGAUACUUUUGUCGACUUGCUUAUGUGAAGAAUUCCGAACAAAACGCCCUUCUCCAUUAAUUUGAGUCCUCAGCUCCAUUAGUAACAUAAAAACCCACGCUGCAGUAUUUGAACGGUAUGAAAUAAUUCAUAUUUCCUUCAAAUUGAACAA